GUUCCCAAACUGCACCUCUCUCUUGAAACUUGAAAGCGCCAUUGCCAGAACCUUGCACCUUUUCUCUCCGCCUCUCUCACGAAACCGCUCGUUUAUUGACGCGUUAAGACCUCCUUAUAUCUACUCUGCUGAAACGAGCCCAAUUGGUCUUGUGGAUCACUCCGAUUUCAAGACUUAAGAGGGCCUUCAAGUCUUCGUACAUUUGAAACCUUGCAUUUGUUGGUGAAGUAACAGGAGAGCAAUCAUGGAUGUCGACUCGCAACCAACCAUGGAAGAAACCAUCUUGGUUGGUGAUGAUUUAAUGAUGGGGCCACCAUCACCUAUCAUUCCCCCUGAAAUUGCAUCUCAUGUGCUGGAAGGUGUUGAUUUAUGUGAUGGUAUAUUGAGGAAUCUCUUUUUAUGCUUGCAAAUCAAUGAUAUCGAACCUUUUUGUCAAGAUGAAAUAGCUGUUUAUCGACAGUGUGCCGAAAAACGGGAUAGAGAACUAAGACAACGGCUUCAAGAUAGCGAAAGAAAAUUAGGGUCAUCAAUGCCUCUAGAUGCAGCAAAGGAAAGGGCUACGCAACUCGAAUCAGAAGUAACGUCAUUGGAGAGACGCUUGAUUCUUGCUAGUGGGGUUGAGGGCAUCGAAGGAUUCCGUCAAAGAUGGAGUUUACACGGUCGACUCACGGACACCAAGAAAAGGGUGGAAUCUUUAAAGCAAGGAAUUGAGAACAGGAGAGACGAUAAGCCAGCAGCGGAGAAAACGUCGACUUCCAAAAGAUGGUUCUUUUAAUGUUAGUGCUUGAUUCAGAUACCAGGCUUCUUCCUAUUUGGUUCUUAAAGGCUCAAUGAACGAUGAUUCUUCUGAGAAUACAAACAAGGGGUUGAGUUUUAGGCUCUAAUUAGUCUGAUACGGCGUCGUUUUACAAUUUUCUUGGCAAAAAAAGAAGCUAUUGGCUAUGAAGAUACUGUGUUUAAUUAUGUAAUCAUGGGCAGACUCUGAAAAUUAGCUUCUUUUAACUGCAUAUAUAUAUAUA